CAGGUUUCACUGGAAUUUUCAACAGCUAUCCCUCAAUCAGCGUAGCAUUGCGCGACAAAACAGUUGUUUGCUGAGACGAGUAAUUUUCAUAAUUUUCUCUCGAAUUACGAAUGUGGCGGAGAAACGCUGCCGGCUUUGGAGAUGAGGCUCGAGAAAAUGAAGAUUCCGAUCAGAGCAUAUCUGAAGAGGAUGAAGAUCCGGAUGGUGAGUGGAUACGGAACACUGUAUCCUUGGGUGGAGAUGAAAAGGACAAGGGCAAGAUGAAGGUUCUCUCACAACUUGAGAUACUCAGAGAGUCCUUUAUGGAGGAGUCUGUCUCAUCCCCUGGGAGAAAAGGAGCUUAUGAAAUUGAAGAUGAAGUUGAACCUCCUAUCUUCAAUGAUAGGAGUUCUCCCAACCACUACCAUGGAAUUGCCUCUGACACCCUUGCUCGUUCCAAUAAAGGACUAAUCUUCUUACCGGACAUAUCUUCGGUCUCAUAUUCUGAUGAAGAAAUUAUUUCUGAUUAUGAGAAAAUUGGUCCUGGCACCUCUAAAAGUGUUAGAGAAAAUUUGGCCAUCACAUGGUCUGAAGCAAGUCGUGAAGUGGAGGCAUUAGUCCGGUCAAAAGAGAAUCCCUGUUCUUCCUCAAACCACCAUGAUGUAUUUGUGAAGGAAAAGAAAUCCACUAGAGGAGGCAGGGGCCGGAGAAAGGCUAAGGUCAAAUUUUCAUUCCCCUGCCAUUCAGAUAAACCAGACCAAUCUUUGGUUGUAAGUGAUAGCGAUGAAGGGACAUCAUCUGACAAAAUCCUUAUAGCAGAUGAAAUUGGUGAUGUAGUUGAUGAUGAGAUGCACAAUAAUUUGGCUGACUCUCAGCUGAACAUUCAUAACAAACACAUACUUACUUUUGAAAUGCCCCAUAACCAUGACACCAGAGGGCAUUCAAUGGCUGAGAUUCUAGGUGGCUUCCUUGAGAGAAGUGAUCUGCAAGAAGAAAGUUCCAAACUGGAGACCCAGAAAAGAAGAAGAAAGCAGGCUGUUUUAGUAAGAAAUGUGCUUCCAUUGGGUGAUAGCAUCCAAGAAGACAAUGAUCUGCCUGAGGCUUUAGAUAGUGACACUUCUUUUGAAACUGAGGAUGAGUGUUCGUGGCAGGAGGGAGCUCAAAGUGUAAAGUCAAUCAUCUCUAGAACAAUGGCAGACCAAUUUCAUGAAGCUUUCAGAACAGUCUCUGCAAUUGGUGACAGACUAGAUGUUUCUUUUCCCAGACCUUUGUGUGGUGGAAUGUUUAGGAGGUUGCAGCAAGUAAUGCAAAUUGAGAAAGAAAGAGAGACGGAUUCCGUAAAGAAUGCAAGUGCAGAAACCGGUAUCAAAGGUGAAGAAACGGCAAUUUUGGUUAGAAUUUUGUCAAGGUCUCUGGAAGCAAAGCUGAUUGUGUGCUCUUGUACUUGUGUUGGAAACGGAAAGAAUUUUUCUAGGGAGGCAAGGACUAUCACUAUCAUCUUCAACCCAAGAAUGUCAGACAGUGUUGAUCUGGAAGUCAGCAACCUGAUACAUAUUCGCCCUCCUUGGAAAGAGGUGCAGGUGAAAAAUGAAGUUAUCUUUUUAUGCUCACACUUCUCCCAGGUCCAGCCUUGACUUCGACUUCACCCCAAAUCAACAAAUUUUAAGAUAGUUUCGCAUACAAGUUCUAUGUUUACUCUUUAACAAAAGUUAUUCAUCCUCAAUCUCAAUAAUUGUUAAAAAAAUUCUAUACAUGUGUCGUGUGUGUGUGUGUAUGUGAAAACAGCCAAGCGAAAGUGCUCUUGUAAGAAGCAGUUGCGAUUUCGUUCUCAUGAAUAUAGUCAGAUUCUUUUAGUUGA